CCGCGCGCCUCCCGUCAGUCGCCCGCCGACUCCGCUUGUGCUUGUGUGACUCGCGCUGCUCUGUGCACCGCACUCGUGCUCCGAACACGACGCGUGCCGCCCCGCUGUGGCCGCGAACCGCGACCUCUACCUUACCGGCGAAACGUUUCUCCCGACUUUCGUGUGACUUGCUAUGAUUUGACUUUCGAACGUUUACGCUCCCUUACCCGGCUUGUUUACCCGCUCACCAUAGUUGAGCCGUACCGCAUCACGGCUUACCUGCCGCCGCCGAGCCGCUAACCCCGCUUGCCGCGCCCCGCGCCCCGCACUUCGGCCGCCGCCAUGCUCGCGCACCACACACCGCUCGCCCUCCACUAAACACGACCGCGACCCUCGACAUCGACAUACACAUCGAUACCGUACCGACGCGUGUGAUAAUCAUUUAAUACUUGUCUAAAUAAGCUUGCAAAGUCGGUGUCCAGUUCUAACUCGACUAAAUAUAUUACUAAGUACUUUUGGUGCGGAGCGCGUUUCUUCCGAAGCGGUUCUCGUCCUCGUACUCAGUGAGUGCCGCUGCAGUCCACGGCGCACCGCAGCGUUACCGGCCCGGAAGUGUAUGCCCGGAGCGCCGGGCGCACUCAUACCGCGGCUUAUGCGCCGCGCCCACUCGGUGUAACUGAGUGUGCGACCCCCGCUCGCCGACUCCGACCGCAGAGGCAACGAUGGCAACCAUGGUGAACAUGAAUAACCUCCUUAAUGGCAAAGACUCACGUUGGCUACAGCUCGAAGUGUGCCGCGAGUUCCAAAGGAAUAAGUGCUCGCGGCCCGACACCGAGUGCAAGUUUGCUCACCCUCCGGCCACCGUCGAAGUGCAGAACGGAAGAGUUACCGCCUGCUACGAUAGCAUUAAGGGUCGGUGUAAUCGCGAGAAGCCGCCCUGCAAGUACUUCCACCCGCCGCAGCACCUCAAGGACCAGCUGCUCAUCAACGGGCGGAACCACCUCGCACUGAAGAACGCCCUCAUGCAGCAAAUGGGCCUCACCCCCGGCCAAGUGCUGCCCGGCCAGGUGCCGGCAGUGGUGGGCGGCGUGAGCGGCGCUGGAGCGGCCGGGGGCCACCUCGCCGCGCUGGACCCCAUCAGCCUCGCCUUGCUCGCUCCGCAGGUAACCGCCGCCGAGCGCUUCGCAGCGCCGCCGGCUACCGAGCGCCACCACCUUCCCGUCUAUCACUCUGCGACGUCGCCGUACCUGUCGGGCGUGCCGGGCGUGGGCUCGACGUACGCGCAGUACUAUGCGCCGCAGCUGGUGCCCGCCAUGCUGGGCCACGACCCCGCUGCUGCCGCCGCCUCGCCGCUCGGCGUCAUGCAGCAGCCCGUGCUGCAGCAGAAACUGCCACGCACCGAUCGCCUCGAGUUACUGGACACCCUCCCGGUGUGCCAAGAUUUUAAUCGACAAGGAUGUACCAGACCCACCUGCAGAUUUGUUCAUAUUCGUGAAGGGUGCGGGCUGCAGGUGGUGGGGUGCCGCGUGGUGGUGUGCCGCGACGCCGCCGCGGGCACGUGCCGCCGUGCCGCCUGCCGCUACUACCACAUCCCCGUGCAACUGCCGCCCGCCCUGCGGCCGCCCUAACCUCAUCUCCAACCACACCUCGCUGAUCCCCGCCCCGCACCCACACCCAGCACCCCACACACACACUCCUACAUCACGCAUCCUCCAUUCCUCGCCGCGGCUCCCCGAUCCUCUAAGUAGUUCCGGUCCACAGAUGGUUCACGGGCCGUAUCGUCCCUGUCGAUCGCGCCUCUGACACAGUCCGCGAGGCGAGUCCGCUCGGACGGCGGCGGCGUGUCGGCCGGUAGCGCCGGCGGGGGCGGGGGCAGGGCGGUGCGGUGCGGGGCCUCCCUCUCGCCGCGCCGCGCCCCGCCGCCGCCCGCCGUGCGGUCGGCUUCGGGAAACAGUGUGUACAUAUGUAGCAGGUUAUGGUUCUCAGGCACGGUCAUGCGAUUGUGAUAUGAAUAGAUUUCGAGACACCGGAGCCGUUUGAAUAAUUUUAUGAAGAUCGUCAAAUAGUAGUUAGUGAGGUUUCAAAUGUUUUAUUACUAUUGUAUAUUUUUUUUUAAGAUAUGAUAUGAGUUCCUGUAAAAGUCGGUGCGAGCGUCUCUCGGCGCCGCAACCUUAUUGUAUAUAAGCGCGCGUACUCUGCGGGUGGUGCCCCCCGCUCUCGUCACCGGUGGCAUCGCCCCACUCCUAAAGUGAGCAUUUUUCGUGAGAAUUAUCUUAAUUUUAACAUACGUUAUAGUAAUUUUGUUUUUAUAAUUGACAAGGUUUACACUAGAUUAGAUUAAGUGGAACAGUAAUGAAACACCAAUAGAGUAGCCGCUUUCUCCUUCGGCACCGACCGCUACGCCGGAGCGCGGCGCUCGCCUCGCGCCGGCUCGCGUUGCGUGGAAUCGCUCGCGUUACGGAAUGUGCGGUUGCGGUUGUGGCGUACACCGCGUAAAAUGAACGUCGGUAUAUCUAUGUAAGAAUGAAUUGUUUGAAAGGAGGUAAAGCGCGAGGGAUUGUAUCGAAAUGCGGUAUAGGUCGUGUGGUUGCGGGCGUGCGCGCCGGCGCCGGCGCCGUGCCACGUCGCGUCGUCCAGUUUUCUCACGAUAGCAUAGAUCACGACACUCGUAGAGUGGUAGUGGCCAGACAUUCGACUUACAAUGAACGUUAUUGGACAAUAUGAAAAGAUGAAAGCAUACUUCCAAGCUAUUUAUCUACUUAAAUAGAUUAGAGACAACGUCGGCUUUUAUUCCAGAUAGAUUUUGCUAGAUACUCAUUCUUUUUCUGAUCGACUCCAGUCUAUCGAAGCACAAAAUAAUGACCGACUAACGAGUCCGACAUACCUCUAGAUCAGUUUAGAGUGUGCAAUAGCUGCCUAUAUUGUUUUCGAGAUGAACAGUAUUAAGAAUAUGAUCAAAUGUAUCUCGCCGCGCGCGCCGAGGCGCGUGGCGGCGAGCGGGAGGGGCGCGGCGGCCGCGCGUCGCCGCUCCGCGCGGAGCGAGCGGCCGCGGCGGCCACGGGGCAUGGAAGCCGAUGCCUAAUAAUAUUCCUAGUCCAUAUCCUUUUGUUGAUCAGUCAUGCGAUUAAUGUUAGAAUAAAAUAUUAAUAAUUUGAUUUAUUCCUCCCAUUUAGUGGAUAUUUUGAUAAUGAUAUAUUAAUAAUGAGAAUAUUUAAGAUACAUAAUACAUAUUUGAUUCUAAAUCCUGAUAAAGUGACACUACGUUAGUAAUUUAGUCGGAGGGAUACUUGUGCCGUGAUUAUAUUUUUAGGUAUAUAUUAUAAAGUAAUUCCUAGCGUCGGAAUUAAAGAAGUGAUUAAUGUGUAAGCGCGUUAUAUUUAUUGUCGUAUCGUGUAAGUGGAAUGCCAUAUCGAUAAAAGAAGAAUAGCGGAGGCGGAGUGAAACUCGUUAGGAAGGAAGGAGGCGGAGGUGGGUCGUGUAGUUAGAGCGGUGUAGCGCAGUGUAGCGCAGUGCAGCGCAGAGCGGCACAGCGCGGCGUAGCGCGGCGCAGCGUAGCGCAACGCAGCGUAGCCAGCGCAGCGCACCGCAGCGCGUAGGAGCGGGCCCGCGCCGCGCGGAGGCCGGGACGGUUCGCUUUUAUCAAUACGGCAGCGACUCAUAAAACUAUAAGUUGUCAUUUUUAUUUUUGUUGAAAUUUAUCGUUUCCUCGAUUAUUUGUUGACUUUUAAUUUUUAAACAAAAUUUUAUGAUCUGACGCAUUUAUUGUAAGACAAUCGAUUACUUUUAUAUUUAAUUAGUGUGAUAAUUAUAAUGAUGGCAUUGACUGCCGCUAUGAAAGAAUGAAACAUCGAAAGUAUCCUUCCUGUUUAGAAGGGACUCUUCAGACCCAAGGUUUCUAGUGGAUUUAUAUUUUUCUUUUGUUGUAUUUUUAAUGUUGCGUGUGUCUUACACAUAGUAUAUUUCAUUUUUGUGAUAUUUUUAACUAUAAAGUACUGUUAUUAUAAACCCAUGUGGAAUAAUGAUGACCUAAUUAAAUAAUCAAGAAUUUAUUUGUAAAUCACAAAAAAAAAAAUGUAAAACUGUAAAUAUAUAAACAAAAAAAUGAACAGCAACACAAUAUUUGGUAAUAAUAUCUGUCAUCGAGUACACUGUAAGCUGUUUGCGUACCGUAAUGUCGUAAGUAAUGUAUCGUAUUGUUGUAGUAGUGCAGUCUACUGAAGGUGAACCGGUCCAGUGAACAAACUAUUGAUUAAUAUUGUGAACGUUUUUUUAUUCACGAGCAAUCACAGAAAGUACAUGACAUUGUAAUAUUAUUUAUGAAAUUACUAUGUGAUGUGAUCUUCGGAUCAAUUUUGAGUACAGUAUAGAUAAUAAACAACUGAAUAUGUGA